AUGGCAAAAAGGAAAAUUCGAGAAGAAGAGGACGACGAAAGCGGCGCUGUUCUCAUUUCUGUUAAACAAGUCAUUUUCUCAAAGAAGAUUUCUUUACGCUCUAUAGGUGCCUCUCCUCGUUGUCGACGGUCAAAUAGGCGAGUUCACAGAUUUGCAAACUCUAGGCAUCAGGGGAUGUUGAACAGCGGUUUGUUUGAUUGCUAUUUGAGGAAUUUGUGGAGGAAUUUUCCAGAAGAUAAGAUUUCGGAUUUUAUAUAUCUUGACUGCUUAUGGUUUUCUUUGUACACGGAAGAAUCUUACAAAGGGGAGGUGCUGACUUGGAUUAAGAAUAAGCACAUAUUCUCAAAGAAAUACGUCUUUAUUCCUAUUGUCCUCUGGAGUCACUGGAAUCUAUUGAUCAUCUGCAACUUUGGUGGAAGUUCGCAAUUGGAACUUAAAACUUCAUGCAUGUUGUUGCUAGAUUCACUUCGAAUGGCUGAUGACCCAAUGAGGCUUGAACCUCUGAUAAGAAAGUUUGCCCUGGACAUUUAUGAAGCAGAAGCAAUGCCAAAAAGCAAAGCACGUGUUUCUCAGAUACCUCUCCUGGUGCCUGAGGUUCCCCAACAAAGAAACGAAAAGGAUUGUGGAUAUUUCGUGCUUUACUAUAUAAGUAAGUUUGUGAAUGGUGCCCCUGAAAAUUUUUGCAUCACUGAGGGCUACACUUGCUUUAUGAAGGAGGAUUGGUUUGAUCUCGAAGACUUCAAUGGCUUCCGUGACAAACUCAAAUCUGACAGCAUAUAGAUUUAUUGCGGAUGCCUGGAUGAGAUAUCUUAUUUACUUCCAUUGUUAGGAAUCAAAAAUCACGGUGAUAAAGAUGCAUGUAUCAUGUAUGUGAAGAAAAUGGACAUUGUAGGUAACAAUACCAAUGGAGUGAAUGCUAUUGCUGG